AUGUGGGCCAAAUGCCUGAUAGCGGCACUAAUUUUUCAGGCUGUAAAUGCAAUUGCCCUAUCGCAUCAGGACUUGCCUGAAUUUAUUGGCCUAAUGUCUCGUGACGUUGAAGCUAUUCCAGGUCCUCUAGCUUUUGGCCAUAAAUACAUGACAGGUGGAGCUGGUGAAGGUUCGCAGCGCUUACGGCCUGAAUCCGAUUUUGAAGAACGCGAACAGGUUAAAAGCGAUAGUGUAUUGCCAGCUUAUUGUGAACCACCAAACCCAUGUCCCUUUGGGUAUACGGCCGCAGACGGAUGUUUGGAAGAUUUCGAAAAUAGCGCCGAGUUUUCGCGCAACUACCAGGCCAGUCAAACCUGCAUUUGUGAUCACGAACACAUGUUCAACUGUCCGGACAAAAGGACGGAUGAUGAACUCGAAGAAAGUCUUCAAAGCUUACUCGAUGAGCAGGGCCUCCACAAAACUCUUAUCGCCAAAAAAUUCCAUGAGAAACGAUCUCAAGCACUGGCACCUCGACGUAAGCGUUCCAUAACAAGCGUGUUUAUGAAGCCACUACGAAGCCAGAAUCCAUAUUUCAAGGGUGAAAUUUUGAAGACGGUCACGAAGAAGGACGGCCGCAACACAUGGCAGUAA